CCGUCAGGGAACAUAGAUGCUUAGGUGGUGCAGAGCUAUCUAGACGCCCUGGGGACAGACGCCCUGGGGACAGACCAGCACACCGCGACCUCCCUGGGGAAGCGGCAGUGUCACAGAAAUGGACAGAAGCAAGGAGUAGCUGAGGGAGGAAGGAGAAUGAGCCUGCGCUCUGAUGGCUCUUCCUGCAUCCGAGAUCUUUAGACGCUGCUCCCCCUGGUGGCCACUCAUUGCCCUGCAACUCAGGCCACGUGAUUUCAGGGAAACGGACCUCCCAGGAGGAGAACUGAAACUUAGGGAGGGGACUGUAGAAACAGGGCGGAGUUACCAGGAAGCUUCCUAGCCUGGAGCUGAGCUGAGGUCAGUUGAGCCCUGGGACAGCCUGCACAGCCGCUCAGGAUGGCAUCAGGCCGGGCACGCUGCACCCGAAAGCUCCGGAACUGGGUGGUGGAGCAAGUGGAGAGCGGACAGUUCCCAGGGGUGUGCUGGGAAGAUGAAGCUAAGACCAUGUUCCGGAUUCCCUGGAAGCAUGCUGGCAAGCAGGACUUCCGGGAGGACCAGGAUGCUGCCUUCUUCAAGGCCUGGGCAAUAUUUAAGGGAAAGUACAAGGAGGGAGACACAGAAGGCCCCGCUAUCUGGAAGACUCGUCUGCGCUGUGCUCUCAACAAGAGCCCUGAAUUUGAGGAGGUUCCUGAGAAUAGCCAUAGGGAUGGGGCUGAGCCCUACAAGGUGUAUCGGCUGCUGCCACCGGGAACCCUCCCUGCUUCAUCAGCACCACAGAAAUCACCCUCAAAGAGACACCACAGCUCGGUGUCCCCUGAGAGGGAGGAGGAUGAGGGCACCGCAAAGAACUGUAUACUCAGUCCUGCCUUGCUUCAGGACCCCCUCAAAAACGAGAAGGUGGAGGCCAAUGGAGCAGCAGGCCAUUCAGACUCUGGGUGCAGCAGCAGCAGCAGCAACAGCAACAGUCCUGAGCCUCAGGAAGGUGCAGGCACAAAUGAGGCCCCUUUCCAAGGAGAUCUGGUGUCUCUGGAGCUUCUGCCCCCUCCAGACUCAGACUACUCCCUGAUGCUCACCUUCAUCUACAAUGGGCACGUGGUGGGUGAGGCCCAGGUGCAGAGCCUGGACUGCCGCCUCGUGGCUGAGCCCUCCAGCUCCCAGUGCAGCAUGGAGCAAGUGGUAUUUCCCAAGCCCGGCCCGCAAGGACCCACCCAACGCCUGCUGAGCCAGCUCGAGAGAGGUGUCCUGGUGGCUAGCAACUCCAGAGGCCUCUUUGUUCAGCGCCUUUGCCCCAUCCGCAUCUCCUACAGCGCGCCCCUGUUCCCACCUGGUCCAGGCCCACAUAUGCUGCCCAGCAACAAGUGUGUGGAGCUCUUCAAAACCGCCCACUUCUGCAGAGACUUGGAGAGGUACUUCCGGGGUCUGGGCCCCCCACCCAAGUUCCAGGUGACACUGAAUUUCUUGGAGGAGGACCCUGACCCCAGCCACACCCCACAGAGUCUUAUCUCAGUUCAGAUGGAGCAGGCCUUUGCUCGGCAUUUACUGGCAGAGUGUCCAGAGGACCAGACAGCCGCUCUGACCCUGGUGCAGAGCCUGGAAAACCUACCUUCCUCCCCUCUGCUCUGUUCUUCCUAUUUUCUCUGAAAGAGACUCAUUCUCCACACUGUGGACCUGCCUCCCUCGGUGAGAAUUUUAGUGGUUGUCUGUGAUGGUUCCGUCCUUCAGCUACUCAUGGUGCCUGGCUGGUUUUUAGCCGUUUUUUGUUUGUUUGUUUUAAUUUUUGAGAUAUACCCUCUUUUAUCUCUGAGGAACUGAACUGGGAAAGUCUAAAUGGUGUGAAUUCAGGGAGACCAUUUCCUCUUCCCCCAACCCUAAAGCCAAGCACUUUAUAUUUUCUUUUUAAAUCUUCACUAAGGAUUUAAAAUAAAGUUUUAUUGAAA